AUGGCCCCAGCUGUCCCCGGGGUCCCCGCGGCCCCCGCUGGCCGCCCCCCAGCGCCCUGCCAGCCCCGCACCCACCUGGUGUUCCUGAAGACCCACAAGACGGGGAGCAGCAGCGUGGUCAACCUGCUGCACCGCUUUGGGGAGGCGCGGGGGCUGCGCUUCGCCCUGCCCCACCGCUACCAGUUUGGGUACCCCAGCCCCUUCCGGGCCGAGCGGGUCAAGGGGUACCACCCAGGGGGUCCCCCCUUCGACAUCAUCUGCCACCACAUGCGCUUCAACCUCACCGAGCGCCGCACCGCCCUGGCGCACCGCUGCCUGCGGGGUGGUGGACCCCUGCCCGCCCGCGCCAUCCCCGACAGCCGCCUGCGCCCCUUCCAGCCCCCCGGCCGGGCUCAGAUCCUGGGGUACGCCCUGCGGGCCGGGCUGCCCCCCGCCGAGCGGGAGCACUGCGCUCGCCUGGCCACCCCUGAGCUGCAGUACAAGGACAUCCUCGACUGGCGGCAGUUUGGGGGGGCCAAUGUGUCCGCCCCACCCAGGGGGUAG